AUGGCGCCUCCCCUUCAGCUUCCGCCCUGCCCCACCCCGAUCGGGCUCUUUCCUAGCUUCAUUGCGCGCCAGACCGAGCCGCUCGUUCUCAAGGAGAAGGUCAUGUCCCUCUCUGGCGACUCCUUCAGCGUCAAGACUGUCGACGGCCGUGCAAUCGUCCAAGUCAAGGGCGAGUACUUCUCGCUCAGCGGACGCAAGCAUGUCAUGGACAUGCAGGGCAACGUGAUCUUCACCAUUCGCAAGGAGCACUUCUCCUUUCCUACCUCCUACUACGCCCAGGACCCGUCUGGCAGGAAAAUCCUCGAGGUGCAAAGCAAGUGGAGCUUCGGCUCCUCGAAAGCUAUUUGCAGCUUCGUUUCCACCAGCGGCAAGCCGGAGAAGCUCAUGAUGAAGGGCAAUUUCUUCAACACCACUGCCGACAUCACAGAUGACACCACCGGCCAACUUGUUGCUACCAUCGACCGCAAGUUCUUCAACGCGCGUGAGAUCUUCGGCGGCCAGCAGACGUACGUCGUGGCCGUUGCGCCUAACGUCGAUAUGACUGUUAUUGCAGCCAUGUGUAUCUGCUUGGACGAGAGGCGCAACGAGAACCACUAA